AUGGCGGCCUACCAUGCGUGCUCUACCGGUACUGUCAACCAUUGGAAUACUGACAGUAGUUACCUCAAGGACUACCCAAAGAACAAGUUUGCGAGGCUUGGCAACAAGGCUCUUAAGAUUCAUGGCAUACCAAACAAGUGGCAAAACAUUCUUGAGCCUCAUGAACAGUUAGUUGGCGAUGCUCCUGGGUGUUCUUUGGAUGGUUGCAAUACCGUAGCUGAGGCUGCUCUGCCUACACCCACACCUCUCAAUGUGCCUAUUCCUGGAUCAUCAUUCAAGUGUCCGGCCAUAUGUUUCUCAUCAGGAUACCCAUCUCCAGCACCUGUUGAAGUGAGGAAAACCAAGAAGGUCAAAAUGCUAAAGGGCAAAGGCAAGGCCACAGAGCCUGCCAUGCCAUCAGGAUCUGGGUCGCAGGGCAUAACCUUAGAACUUAGUGAAAAUUUUACUGGCAACAAUUGUUGGCUUAUAUUUGUAAAUCCAAGCGGCCAGGAUGUCAAACAGAUAUUUUUCAACUGCGAAUGA